AUGCUGAUAGAACCUCCGUUUCUUUGGGAUCCGGAUAAACCAGAUGCUUUCGGUUGGACAGCAAUGCAGUUGGCCGAAGCUUUGAACAAUAUACACACUAUGUAUCCGUUAGCCUGUGCAUCCCGCGAAUUACGACAUUUUGAACCCUUGGUAUUGAACAAGGAGAAUCACUUGAUCACCACUCGCCUAUUUUGGCCACAAGAUAUGAUGGUUUACACAUUCCUGAAAUCCCCGAUAUCUACGAGGCGAGCUCGAACGCGUAACCGCAUUCCACUGGAGACCCCUUGGCAAUUGUCCCGUGGAGGACCAGAGCUUUUCGGUUCACAUUUGGCUUUACUGUUUGAACUGCUUCUUUCUGAAAGCCCUCCGCUCCCCCGUGGUGACUGGGACCAUGAUCAAGUUGAGCCACUGGUUACCUGGCCCAUCCGUAUGGCACCUUUGCGAAACCGAGAAGGCCACACACCCGACUGUACCAACUAUCCAAAUUGCUUGUCUACGCAUUGGUUACAACCAGCUUUAACAGACACUCAAGCCCACAUAUAUCCGAACUACGCAAAGAUUCUGGGAGAAUUGAACUUACCCGCAGAAAUUUUCGAUUUUCUGUUGUAUCGUGAUUUGUGGCCUGUGCAAAAUAGGAAGGAAACGAUCGAACAGGAAGAGGAGCCUGUAGCCAAGCGGGCAUGUUUCUACAAAUGGACCGAACAGUUUGGCGUUGGUCUACGCAUUGCGCAUGGUUUCAUUCCACUAUCCGCGGAUUCGUGA